AACACUAUAACACUAAAGCAAUCACACCAGUAGUGUGUGUGCCUUAAACCAUGAAUAUAAACAAAACGCUUUUCAUUUGGCUCUCUGCCAUUGCCAUUGCUAUUCUUUCCAUCAUCUUACUCUUACCUUCUUCCCCAACCACCAGCACCACCAGCACCACCACCACCAUUGCCAACUUUCCUCAAACCUACCUUGAACUUGAUUUUCUGAGAAUUGUUGUUGAUCAAAGUGGCAUAGACAACAUUCUCUCCCUCAUAGACAGGCUUGGCCGCCAAGCACAUCGCCAUCGGAGGAGGCGAAAGGUCACAUGUGAUGACUCAAAAUGGAAGUCUAGUCUUGUUUCAAAUUACAAUGUGUGGCUUGUUUUGACUGUUGAUUUGAAGGGUUGUGGGAAUUUCAACAGUGUGCAGAAGGCAGUGGAUGCUGCUCCUGAUUUAAGCCCUUCUCGGACACUCAUCUUGAUCGAUUCUGGCAUAUACAGGGAGAAAGUAACAGUGCCAGCUAACAAGGCCAAUUUGAUAUUUCAAGGACUGGGUUAUCUCAACACUGCCAUUUCCUGGAAUGACACUGCAAAUUCCACUGGAGGAACUGUAUACAGUGCCACAGUUUCCAUCUUUGCUCCCAACUUCAUUGCUUACAACAUCAGCUUUCAGAAUACAGCGCCGCCGCCAUACCCAGGAGCGAUAGGAGCUCAGGCAGUGGCACUGAGGAUAGCAAGUGAUGAAGCUGCUUUUUAUGGGUGUGGGUUUUAUGGAGCACAAGACACCCUCAAUGAUGAUCGUGGAAGACAUUAUUUCAAGGAGUGUUUCAUCCAAGGUUCUAUUGAUUUCAUCUUUGGAAAUGGUAGAUCACUUUAUGAGGAUUGCACAAUAAGUUCCAUAGCAAUAGAAGUGUCAGUAGGGAUAAGUGGAGCAAUCACAGCACAAGGGAGGAACUCAAUGAAUGAGAACACGGGCUUCUCCUUUGUGAAUUGUAGCAUUGGUGGAAGUGGGAGGAUUUGGCUUGGGAGAGCUUGGGGUGCAUAUGCCUCUGUAGUCUUCUCUAAAACCUACAUGUCAGAGGUUGUUGCUUUGGAUGGAUGGAAUGAUUGGAGAGACCCCUCUAGAGACCAGUCUGUGGACUGUGUACUUUGGGGAGUAUGGGUGUUUGGGACCUGGAGCAAACUACACAGGCAGAGUCUCAUAUGGAAGGCAACUGAAUCAAUCUGAAGCUGCACCUUUCAUGGAUGUUUCAUACAUUGAUGGACAAGAUUGGCUUCUUCCUCAUUGAAGCUAUAUUCAAAACUGAUAUGUAUAACCAUUGACAGAGAGACUUCAUUCAAACUUAAUUAAUUUUGCUAGCAUAUAUGUAACAAUAUCUAUAAUAGUGUUGUGAGAAGUGGGAAUGUCAUUAUUCUUACAAUAAAAGCAUUAAUAAAGAACAUACAUUUUUUUAUCAACUCGAAAGAAGAAAAAAAAAAAAAAUUUUAUUAACUU